GUUUAUAAUAGUUUAGUGGGUGCAAUAUGGCAGCGUGCAUGUUUCUAUGUUAACGUGAAGGACUUGCCGGGUUUAUCUGAACACACUGCUUUUCACAUUGCUGAGUUGCUCAGUGAUAAGUUUCCCAAAAACAUCACAAAGGGAGGCCAAGCUCCAGACAAACUCACGGAAGAUGUCUAAAAUAUCCAAGGCAGCGAAAGCAGUGAAGAAGGUGGAUGCAGGUGGUGUGAUCAGAGCUAUUGUUAGAUCGGGACAGGCGGCUCCAGGACCACCACUGGGCCCCAUUCUGGGUCAGCGAGGGAUCCCAAUCGGUGCAUUCUGUAAGGACUUCAACGAGAAAACCAAAGACCUUAAAGAAGGCAUUCCUCUUCCCAUCAAGAUCAAUGUCAAGCCAGAUAGGACGUAUGACUUAAAGAUCGGGCAGCCCACUGUUUCCUACUUCUUGAAACAAGCCGCGGGCAUUGAGAAAGGAGCAGGAAAAACCGGGCAUGAGAUGGCUGGUAUGGUGUCUGUUCGGGCGGUGUACGAGAUAGCACGGGUCAAGGCGCAGGACGAAUGCUUCAAGCUCCAAGACGCCUCCAUGCAGAACGUGGUGAAGAGCAUCAUCGGUUCAGCCAGAUCACUCGGCAUCAAAGUUGUCAACGACUUGUCACCCGAAGACUACGGCGAGUUUCUCCGACAACGUGAAGAGAGACUGAAGGAAGAAGCAGCAGCUAACAUGGAGGCAGCCACAGGAAAAAAGAAAUAAAAAUAAACCCACUGUAUCUGCCUGUUGUUUAUAUCCCAUGUCAACACACACACCUGCAUUGUGUAGACAACAGAAAUCCUGAAUUUACACAAGACCCCCCUUUGGUAAUAAAAUACUUUUAUAUUA